GCUAUCUCUUCUUGCUUCUGCAAGGUCGUGACGUCUCAGAAGAUCAGACAGAAGAGUAAGAAGACCAAGAAGACUGUUGUGAAAUACUUGUUAUUACACCGAUUUAUAAACUCCUGAAGCCGCUUUCCUGGAGAAGUGGUACCUUCGCCCUUUGCUGAUCUACUCAAGAAGGGACCAGAAAGAAAGCGAUACCACCAAGGAGAGGAUCUAAACAGCCUCAAAGCUCCUUAUCUUCAGCGAAAAAUCUGUGUCAUCUAAGUGUAAUAUACGCCUAGCAAGGCGCCUAAAGCGACCGUGAAGGUCACCUACAAAGGUUACUACUCAGAUGAGUGGUGAUCUUACCCGUGGUGGUCAUUCCCGCUCACUUUCCUUUUCUGACCAAGAUUCAUACGAAAAUGCAGUGAUUCGAGUUGGUGAAAAUUUUCAAGUUGAUCUCCCCUUGUACGAAGGUGAACCGCCACAGUCGAUACUUUCAAGUGAAUCCGAUCAUGAAGUAGUUCUAUGGCGUCCAAUAGCUGAAAGUUUAAAUGAUCAAUUAGAGAAAUUCAUAAACACAGCCAUUGAAAAAUAUGCGUAUACAGAAGAACAAGCUCUUGCCUUUCUUACCUGGCAUCAGAUUGAUUUUGAUGAGGCUGUCGAGGAUCUGUGCAAUUUUACGCCAGUUCAAUAUGAAUGGUCAAAUUUAGAACGGAAAAUAUUCUUCACCUAUGUCGCUUAUCAUAAUAAACAAUUUCAUAAAAUUAAGAAACAUUUUCCCAACCGUACAGUCAAUGAAUUAAUUCUUUUCUAUUACUUGAAUAAACGAAAUGAACAAACAUUGCAUGAAAUGGGUUUAGGCGGAUCGAAAUGGUCUUGUCUACAAAAACUUGCUUAUUUAGUGCCUGGUAUUUCAUCACAUAUGAACAAUAAUAAUAAUAAUGAUGCUAAUCAGAAAUACGACUUCGAAUUCGAUAUGAACGAUCCAUUAGAUGUUGAAAUCAAACAAUAUCUUGAUAUGCUGCACAGACUAGUUCCAGAAUCAUCAGCUGAAGAAUCCAAUGAUAGUACAGAACAAGGCACUAGCCUUAGCGGUACUCAAUCAGAGUGUGAAACAGAAACACGCACCUCAUGUUCAUCAUUAUCAAUAGGUGGUGAAGGCGGUGGUGUUAACACCGAAACUGUUGAACAACACAGUGAUCAACAAAGUAGAUCAAGUACAGGUUCUGUAACACAUAGUCUUGAACAUCGUAGACAACGGCGAGGACGAGGACGACAUUGUCGUAAAGGUCGAAGAACAACACCGCGUAAUGCCGCCGCUGCCGCUUUUGGUCUCUUCUCCAGUGAUAUUGUUUCAGUGAAUCGUUUAUCAGCACGUAAAUUUGCUCAACUUGAAAAAGAAAUUGCAGCAGCCAUUGCUUCUUUUAGUAGUAAUAAUAACAAUAAUCAAUCGUCAUUACAUAGAGUUAAAUCUCAUGAAGCCAAUACCUGUGCGAAUUCUAGUUCACGUAGUUCACGCAGAGGAAUUCUGUCGAACACAAAAACAAGAGCCACAUUACCCUCUGGAAUAUACUAUUCACAUAGAGAAUUUCUGCGUUUCUGUGAUUCUACACCAGCUGAACGUAAACAAGAAAUGGAUGAAUUGAAUACUACACUACAAACCUUGUCUGAACAAAUAGAGAAGGAAAAGAAACUUGCUGACAGUAAAAGUGAAUCACUUGAAAGUAUGGCAGCUUUACGGCCUCCUUCUUUGCCUAUAGAUCCUUAUUGGUCCCCAGUGGAUAUUCAACUAGUCUGUCAUGCAAUCGGUGAUUUAGGACUUGAUUAUGUGGCGAUUGCUGAACGUUUGAUCAAUAAAACACCGACUAUGGUAGCCAAAUUCGUACAAAUGUACGGUCAACAACUUAAUCUCCAUCAGUUAGCGUCAUUAUCACCGUUAAUUGUGCUUUAAAAAAAAUAUUUUUUGUAAUGAUUACUAUGAUUAUUAUUAUUAUUACGAGUAUUGUUAUUACUGUAUUAUUAUUAUUACUGUUAUUGUUAUAUUUGAG